AUGGAAUUUACUGCUUCACCUGUUGGUUAUGUCCACUCGGAUUGCAAACAGAUGUGUGAAGUUCCAUUGAAUGGAAAAGAUGAUAUUCUAGGCGGAGUAAUCGAAAUUCUGCCUCAAUUUUCAGAAUGCAUUCUUGGUUUGGAAAAAGUCAAAUACAUUUGGGUUUUCUCUUUUUUACACUUAGCAGAUAGAUCAAUACAGCAAGUUCAGCCUGUUCAUCGCCGUCAUUUACAUCCACGUGGAGUUUUCGCAACUUGUUCUCCAGUAAGACCAAAUCCAAUUGGAAAAUCAUUCAUGGAAAUACAAAAGAUAGAUGGUUUGAAGAUAUAUGUCAAAGGCUUAGAUCUAGUUGAUGGAACUCCGAUUCUUGAUAUCAAGUUAUAUGAUGAAGGAAGCGAUCAACCAAAUGGAUUAUGCUAA